AUGCUGCGCGUUCGUCAUCAGGUGCUGAGCUCGUCCGCGGUGGCUCUGCGUCAGCAAUUCAGUGCACUUCUGUUUGGCAGUCGACUACAGGCGACCUCCGCAGUUAGCGGCGACUUUUCACAUGUUACACACAACACAGUGUGGGGCCUUUGGAACGAAGGCAACCUCUUUUCCCUCUCCGUCCCUGAGCUUGCCUUUUUUCUGCAGGAACACUGCAAGGUAGCAAAUGUUGACCCACGUGCGAAAAAGAGUGCACUCGUGCGGCAGGUGGAAGAGAUUCUUUCCGCUGAGCAGGCGAGCAUGACUGUACAGCAGGAGGACAACCCACACGCGGUGGUUGUCACAGACUAUGAUAAGGCGGAGGAGGGACUAGAUGAGGCCGAUGAGUACGGUGACUGGGGGGCUGAGCCUGGCUUUGAGGACAGGCGGGAAUUAGACUUUAUGGAGUUAAGUGCGGGUCGCAUGGGUGAACGGUAUGACCCGCUUGUCCCUCGCUCUUUUCAGCUUAUGCACAGCGAUGUCUCAAGCGAUGUGGGCAUUGCGUCCAUCGACCCCAGUAAACUCCCAGGUCAUAGCAAAGUAAAAACCGCCUUGACACCCGUGGACGUGAAUCCAAAUGAUGCGAACAAGAUGCACUUUCGAAGUGCCUUUGAGUGGUGCCUUAUGAAUGUUUGGAAUAUGAACAUGUCAGGUGAGUUGAACAUUGGUGCCGGCAAGGUGCUGUACUACCGUCAGGUGGCGAAGCAAAACCGCAACGUCAUGCCACUCUGGACCCUUCAGCGGCACCUCUAUGCACAGCACCCGUAUGCCUGGUUUGCCAUUGCCAGUGAAUCAAAUGUGGCAGCCAUGGAGAGUCUUGCCAGCAAGCUCGGGAUGCGACUUGUACAAGAGCCUACAACGAGCUACAAGGUGACCAUCCGACGCAUGAAUGAGUUUUUUGAUUGUGAGUUGAACGGGCAGCUGAAGUGCACCAUGUUGAACAAGCCGUGGGAUCGCUUUUUGGUUUCACACUACGUUCGUAGCAAAAUGCCCGAUCUGCGGUAUGUUGUGCGAGCACGGCACUCGGUAAAGAAGCGGGUGUCCGACGCCUAUCUGGAGACGGACAUUCUCCGCAGCACACGGGACUCCGUUCAGUCUGUGCUAUCCCCAGAGUUAGGGGAUGUCGUGUACUGCUGUGAGCGUGUCAUUCGCAAAUGGGCGAUGCGCACGGCGACGGGGGUUACGUUGCAGCUUGUUGAGACGAAACGCACCCCGCUUAUCAUCACGAAGGCCGGCGACGAGGGCGAGCGGCUGGAGUACGAGUGGAUUGUCCCGUUGCCACAGCAAGCUGAACGUAUUGACGUGGCCUCCCUCACCGACGAGUUGUGGGAGCACGGAAACACGCUUGCCGAAGCGCUGGAGGAGGGAAUGGAGGAGCUUAUGGCGCACACCAUGACUGCCGUCUCUGCCUACUGA